UUCGUUGAUUCCAACCUGGCAACCCUGCAGGAGUCUGGUGAAGGAAAAUAUUGCCCACAGCAGACUACUUGGCAUUAAAGACGGCUGGCGGUAGAAGCUGCGGUAACCCGUUUCCAGAAGCUACUGUGCAGUUUGCUGCCAACAUCAAAUUUGGAUCAACUUGGUGAGCGGAAAAAAGGGGAAAACCCGAAUCUUUGCCUAAAUGGUGAAGUCCUGGAUCUGAACCUCAUUCUUCCAACACUCCUGCCAGUUGUGAGCCUUGUUGGCAUUUUCUCAGCAAGAAAAACUCAAACUGAAAGCUACUAGGCUUGGAGCCUUUAUUUGAACAUCAGCCUAAGUAUACUGGAAGAAUAAUAUUGCAGUGUACAGCAAAGGAAGUAUACAACAGAGCAGAUACUUCUGUGCAACAACAAUGGCAAAGAAAAACAGCCAAAGGGAUACGUCUGGGGUGGUGUUUGAUACUCGCUCAAAAAUGGUCAUGUCCCAGGGAGGAACAGCCGAGAGGAUGAAGGAGAAGAUCAGCGCUGUCAGGGCAGUGGUCCCCAACAAAAGCAACAAUGAGAUUGUGCUGGUGUUACAGCAUUUUGAGAACUGCGUUGACAAGGCCGUGCAGGCUUUCUUAGAAGGCAGUGCAGUUGAGAUCCUGAAGGAGUGGAAUGUCACAGGAAAAAAGAAGCCCAAGAAGAAAAAGAAGCCCAAGCCUCAGCCAGAGGCCUCUGCUGAGCCCUCUCCACCUGAAGCCACAUCGCCCGAGGAGAGCAAAGAUGAGAUGAACGGCUUUCAUGCCAACGGAUCAGUAAUGGAUGGAGAAUCACUUGAUUCGCUGAGUGAACAGUUGGACUCUGCCUCCCUGGAUGCAGCUGAGCUGGACUCUGAACCUGCUACAUCUGAAACCACCGGUGCAGAAGCAGAAAGUCAAGGUAGCGCUCCAAGUCCUGCCCCCCAGCAGGGAAGGAGGAAUCACCAGGGUCCGAGAGGCAACAAGUCCCGACACAGACCAGGCUCAAAUUCACAUCCCCCCACCUCCUUGUUAGCACCCACCACUGAUGAGCAAGGAUCAGUGAAGAAGAUGGCUCCCAACAUUGACCGCUCUGUGAAGGACCUGCAAAGAUGCACCGCCUCACUGACCCGCUACAGAAUGGUAGUCAAGGAUGAGAUGGACUCCUCAAUCAAGAGGAUGAAGCAGACGUUUGCUGAGCUCCAGAGCUGUUUAAUGGACAGAGAAGUGACUCUACUGGCAGAGAUGGACAAAGUGAAAGCUGAGGCCAUGGUGAUUUUGGACGCCCGGCAGAAGAAAGCCGAGGAGCUCAGACGGCUGACGGAUCGGUCAGCAUCCAUGUCGGAGGAGCAGCUGACUGAACUGCGUGCAGACAUCAAGCACUUUGUGAGUGAACGUAAAUAUGACGAGGACCUUGGAAAAGCUGUGAGGUUUACUUUUGAUCUUGAACCGCUGAAGACGAGCAUCUUGGGGUUUGGAUCAGUUUACCAUCCACGUACAGGCUACUCAAAUCGAUCUCGCUGUAGCUCCACGUCAUCUUCUGUCGCCAGCCCCAGCCUGCUGGAGACCCCUCCUCCCACCCAGAUUCAGAGCCCCUCCAGUGAAACCCGCCCUCCACCAACCAAACAGAUUUUCCAAGGAAACAGGCGCACCUUCCAGGGACAAGGGUAUCACUCGGGUGGUCAGCGGUAUAACGGCGGUUCCUACCAUGACCGGAACGCUGGCCGAGCUAACCAUCGCUAUCAGGGUGACAGUGGCUCUUCUGGUCCUUCAUCACAGCACUCCAACAGCUCCAGAGGUCCCUCCCAUUCCUCUACGUCCUCUCACAACCAAGACCGACCCUCUCACAACCAAGACCGACCCUCUCACAACCAAGACCGACCCUCUCAUAACCAAGACCGACCCUCUCACAACCAAGACCGACCCUCUCACAAUGGGCUGCCCCAAAGGGUUCCUCGAACGCACUGCCCUUGACAUUGGAAACCACCUGCUCAAUCAAACCCACCUACUAACCCUUGCACUCCCCCUCCUCUCUCUGUUCCCUCCCCCCAACCCAACACGCCCCCCCCCUCCACUAACUCCUCUCAAUGAAGAAUAGAAUACAAGUUUACAUAUUUCCGUCAGUUGAGCUGUGGCGCCGCCUCUCUACGUUAAUUCAGUCAUCCUUCAAACUUGAAAAGCUCCCACUGUUCUGUAAUCACUCUUCCUUUUCCAUUUCUCCCUCCUGGUUAAGAUAACCGCUUCUAUCUUUAGGUCCCCUUUGAGAGAUCUCAUUGCGAUGCUGUUGUCAGUCUCUGUUAUUAGUUUUUGCAGUUAAACAGUCUGCCAGAGACUGACAUGAUUACUUGCAACAAUCUGUGCACUAUUGAAGUUGAACUCUUAGUACUUUUCUAUUUUUGCUGUGGCUUUGUCAGCUCUCUGAUUUGAACAUCAGAUCUUUUUCUUUCUCCUUGUCUCCCAGAACCAUUUCAAUGCCUUCACCGUGGAAAGCAUUGUGAACGUACAAAAGUAGUUCUAGCAUUAACAGGGAUUUCUGUCAUCAGAGAAGUAGACAAGCAAUCAACACUACAGACUGUCGUUAAUCUUUGCAAGGUGAAAAUGAGACAUAUCAAACUGUAAUCCAGAGCUUUUCGUAUGGCUGCUACAAAGAGUAGGGAACUUGUCAACACUAGGACUUAGAUUAGUUGGAGAGCAUCUCUGUGGACACGGAUGUUGUUCUCUUAAAGGAGUAGUUUAACAUUUGUAAAUAUUCUCAUUUUUUCUUUUUUGUUCAGAGUUAAAUUGGUAGAUUAACACCAGACUCAUGUCUGUAAAUAUGAAGCUAGAGCCGGCAGCUGGUUAGCUUAGCCGAGCACGAAGACUGGAAAUGUGGAAAAACAGUUUUGUUACCUGUCCUAAUGUCACAAACUGCAUCUGUAAAUCUCACUAAUUAACACAUUCUGUUUUAUUUGUUUAUUUUUGUGCAUAAACCAAAGUACUUAAUCCCCAAGGUGUAAAAUCAUGGAGGGUUAUAUGUGAAGUAGAGAAAAGUUAGUUAUUUCUCAUUUCCAGCCUCAGUGCUAAGCUAACUAGCUGCUGGCUUAAUCUUCAUAUUUACCAAAGACAUGAGAGUGGUGUCUAUGUUCUUAUCUAACUCUGCAAGAAAGUGAAUAAGUGCUUUUUCCAAAAUGUCAAACUAUUCCUUUGUAAUAUUGCCUAAGGCAGUGAUGUAUCACCCACACACUGGCUGACAGGGUUAUCAUGUGCUGUUGUUCUCGGCUUGCUGUCCAUUAUUUUAUAACUAAGAGAGGGCUCAUUACCUUUUGUAGAAUAAUGUUAAAAGUCUCGACAAAGGAAACUCUUUGUUGUGCACAUCAUGUUUCAUAGUUCUGAACAUUUACUCGGCUGCAUCUUCUUCCACACGUGCAGUUUCUUCUUUGUGUUUUGUUAUAUGCACACAGAUGGCAUAUUAAUGUCGUGCUUGCCUUUAGUCACAGACUUCACAUUUGCCUUUCUAGAAACAUGGAUGUCUGCAUCAUGACGGCUUUCUAAACAGACGGUGCUUGUAGAGUGCGAUUUAUAAAUAUGCGAGAAAAUAAGGUGCAAGAUCUCUUUUCCUUUUUAUAUCCCUCACUUUAUCCAUUUGUGGAAGUAAAACUGAUCAAACUGAUGAAUGCGUUGGAGGCUUGUAUGGAUUUCACAGAUCUUUCUUCUGCCAAGCAGUUGCUGCGAGGCUGUUGUUGGGGUUCAAUUUCAUCCUAGUGUUCAGUUUGUGAACAAAAAGCUGGUGAAUACCUCAUUGCUGAUCAAGCCGUUCUGUCGCUGUGGGCUCUUAUUAAGAGACAGGGACCCCUAGUGGCUCCUCAGCUCUGAUCUUCUUGUAGUUGUGUACAUAUGCGGAGCUGCAAGGCUGUGGUGGAAAACUGGUUGUUACGUUAUUGCUGCAUCUUCUUCAUAAUGUUUUGUCUUCCUUCCUUCCUUCCUUCCUUCCAGUUUUUUUUGGGGAAAAAAGAACUUAAAAGGUUUUUUCCCACCAAUUUUUGAUUCUUCGUGAGUUUUCUCAUCAUAUGGAGAUAUUUUUUUUCUUAUUUGAGAUUAUUUUAAAAACUUUACUCCAGUAGUUAAAUUAGUGAAUAUUGUGGAGAAGAGAGUGCAAACUUGUUUGCAGUCUUUAGUAAAUAUGUGCUUGUUUGAAUUAAAAAGACACAUUUCGGGAAAUCUGCUGAUUGGCUGCCUUGUUAAUAUAAAGCUGAGCGGCCACUUAGUGUAACAUUAAGACUAGGAACAGGAAGCAGCACUCUGGGCAGUUCCCUCCACCAUAAGGACAAUGAUCUAAGAUGGUUCCACAGAAAUGCUCUGAAGUGACAGGUUUUUAACACAGCUGGGGCUAAAAGAUCAUUUGAAAACACAUUUGAUAAAGCAGAGGAGAGGUGAUCAAAAAGUUCCAGGACUGUCGCCCCCCCAAUCUCCGUUGAAGUUUCCCUGUGCGGUGGUUGAGUGCUUGUUACUCUCCUAGUUGUUCCGUUAUGUAAGCAUGUCAAGCAUCAUCGGCAGUGGGAGCUGAAUAUAAUGAACUGUGACCCUUCUACUUGAAUUUCAAUUUGAAGAAGAUGAGGGAAGCACAGGGAGACAAAUCUAGUGAGAAGGGCAACUGGGAAGCAACUAUUGUGUUGUGGGGAAAAAAAAACUGUCUAAUUAAUGGAGACUGCAGAUUGUUUCCACUAAAUGUUCUCCUUCAGACAUCUCAGGACGUUACAGUAGAACUUUGCCUUGGCAGUCGGACUCUAGUGGACUAAUUCUUAGUGGGAAUGUUGAAUAAAACGAUGACCAUGCUCUUCAUCUGACACGCCUUUGUGAGUUUUGGAGACUGUGGCUCUUCCACUAGUGAAACUUCUUCUCUUGGUAUUAGCUGCUGACCAAACUCUCAUCAUGGUGAUCCUCAACUUGAAGGCUGGAUCAUGCCACUGACUCAGAGUUUGAUGGUUUCUUCUCUGCUCUAGUUUCCAAUCCAUAGAGAAAUUACAAAUCCACACUUACCAGACAGAACUGUGUCACAUAGGUCCCUGCUGUUGAUAACGUAGUUUCAUUUGGUCUCCUGACAGUUGCAGCUCGCUCAGGUCGCACGCUUGUGACCAUGAACAGUCCCAGAACUUUUUGAUCACCCCUUGUAAAUCUCACCUCUGUUGUGCUUGUCAAAUUGUGUUUUUGAUUGUGGAGCCGGCUCAUUGUUGCCCCUUGACUGAUAGGAGAAAUACACUCAUUACAGCCGUAGUUGUGUUGCUACAGUAGUUGCGUUGUGUUUUCAGCUCUCUGGCCUCAGGAGGCAGCAAUGAGCCUUGUUUGUUAAAAAGAUAACUCAGCUGCUUCCCUGAGCUUUUCUGUGGCACCGUCCUUAACGAGGCUAAGGAACGGCUGUUUCCUGUCCUCAUGUAACAAAAUCCUUCUACCAGCACCUCUAUAGCUCGUUGACUAUCACAUAAUAUCUCCUGUAUAUACUGUGUACAAAAAACCAAAGUGUGAAAAUGUUCGUUUGCUGUUUUAAGGAGGUCGACCACAAGCAGGAACUUGAAAUCUCCUUUGUUUGCCUGGUGAAACGCCUCAGAGGCAGUUAGUAGUGCAGAACAAGGGUCCCCAUAUGAGGGUCAGUUGUCAUUUUUACACUUUUUACAUGAACUAAAGAUUGAAUGUGUUGAUGAGUGAACACCUGAGGUGCUGGUAGGGAGAUACUGUUAGUCAUUCUAGCUCAAACUAAGCAAAGCUUGAAAAGGCAGCAACUUGGUGUAUUUCACUGUUUCCUCGUAUGUGCUUGCAGAUGGCAGGUUGGUUUUAAUGUCACAAAGAUCUUUAUAGACUGAAGUUGUACUAAGUUCUACAACUUUCCUCAAACACUGACGGUGAGCUGCACUAUGAACUGAUUAAAGGUGAUCAACUGUUCAGCCUUUCUUUAGACGUGCUGGAUUCAGACAGUAAUUAUCUCAUCAGUGAUGCUGUCUGCGUCUCUUUAACCACUUCCUCUUUAGUUUCACAUUCCAAACUGUAGGGAUAUUAGGUUAUCGCCAAAGAAAUAAUCUUGUCCUGUUUAAAAUUGCUGCCUUUUUUUUUCUUUCCUCAGCCUGUAAAGAAUUCCAAAGGGGAUGAAUCGAACAGUUCACUUUUUCCUCUUCUUCUUUCCGUCACACUUUAUUUCUGAUUCCUUACUGUAUAUACAUAUAUGUAGCUAUAUAAUUUUGUGCUCACAUGGGGCAUUUUGUAUGUGAUAUUCAUAGUAGGCAUAAUGGAGGUUAAAACACCUAGUUUAUUCAUUCUUCCAGUAGAUCUUGUGUCCUUCAAAACUUUUCUGAGACAACUGUAAACUCAAGUGCCUUUUCUUGUCUCCCACCGAUUCAUCGACACCCCCUCCACCAGAGUAUGGACCAAAGACAUCGACCGUCCCUGACUGCCCAGCCCUCUCUUUCUCCCUUUCACUGAAUGGCACACUUUUCAUUUAUGACAAAUAAACAGUUUGCAAUACC